AUGCAACAACAGGCCCUCGAGCACAAGAGACUGACUCGAGAGAAAAUUGGAAAACGCCUUGCCCUCAAGGAUCCCCGACCGAAUUUCUUCCAGGGCCUCAUUACCGGCACAGGUGAUUGGCGUCUUGGUCGGGAACAGCUCGAGAAUAACGGUGAAUUUAUUACCAUGGCCGGCUCUGAAACGACAGCAAGUCUACUUGGUGGUGCAGUGUACCAACUCACGACAAAUCCAAGGGUAAUGGCCAAACUCGUAGACGAGAUCAUAGCAACCUUCAAGAAUGAAGGCGAAAUUACACUAGUCAGUGCUGGCGGACUUCCAUAUUUAUGUGCCGUGACGGAGGAGUCGCUCCGCACUUUUCCUCCCGGGACGAACACACAACCACGCAGUACACCCUCAGAAGGAAACGUCAUUCUUGGCGAUCAUAUUCCAGGAAAUAUUGUGGUCGGCAUCCCACAUCAUGCAAUGUACUAUACCGAGGCAAACUUCAAGCGUGCCCAUGAAUUCAUCCCAGAGCGUUGGAUGAACGAUCCCGAGUUCGCAUCUGAUUGA